CUGCAUGUGACGUCAUCCAGCAUCCAUCCCGCCGUAUCCUUGGAGAAAUCGUUCCAUGGCGACUGGUUGCUAUAGAAAUGCUCAUUUCCUUCUAAGCUCCAGUGGAAUAACGAGGUGUGAGCGCGACGUGGCAUGCCUCUGACGACAGACUCCAUGGAGAAGCUUUUGUUCCUGUGUGGAGCGAGCGGAGAGCCGGUAAAUGUUGAGGACGGUAGCGACAUGUUACCCAAAUCCAGACGAGCUCUCACCAUUCAAGAGAUCGCAGCGCUGGCCAGGUCUUCACUCCACGGUUUCUCGCAGGUGGUCAAAGAUCAUGUGACGAAGCCCACGGCGAUGGCGCAGGGCCGCGUGGCUCACCUGAUCGAGUGGAAGGGCUGGUGUAAACCCAGCGACACACCCGUCGCCCUCGAGUCACACCUCACAUCGUACUCACAUCUGUCCGAGGGCGAGCAGGAGGCACGAUUCGCUGCAGGAGUGGCAGAGCAGUUUGCCAUCGCGGAGGCAAAGCUUCGCGCCUGGUCUUCAGUGGAUGGUGACGAGUCUAACGACGAUUCUUAUGAUGAAGAUUUUCUACCUGCAAACGAGCCUGUUACACAGAGCACAGAUCUGUCCUCGUACCCUCAUUACCUGCGGGAUCUCCUGCACACUCAGGUGUGUCGUGCUCACCUGCGGGGGCGUGGCCUGUGUGAGGCGGAGAGCGGUGUGGGCGGUGACCUUUCACCUCCCGUGGGGUCACCGGGGUCACCAACAGACACGCUCUGCUCCAGCAUGUGCAGCUUGGACGAGAGACACCCGUUGCUUCGGGAUCUCGGGCGUCACACGGACACGCCUGCCUCCGACAUCACCGCCAAGAUACUCGGUGCUCUUCAGGGAGGGGAGGAGCUACUGUUAGCCCGCCUACACAGGGCGGGGCACAGACGAGGCCACUCCCCCUGCUGCUUGGAAACGUUUUCCGAGACGUUCGAAGAAGAGGACAUGCCUUGUAAGGAAUGCAGGGGCGGAGUCUGCCUUCCGUCAGAAUAUUCCACACGGAGGAAGGUAUCGGAUGUGGCUUCGUCUGGCAUCGUCUCACUCGAUGAAGACGACGUGGUGGAUGAAGAGCAAGAAGAACAGUGAACAUUGCAUGUUUCUUUCAAACUCCACCCACUUAUUUGCAUUCGGACUCCACCCUUCGAUUUGCAUUCAUACUUUUCCCGUUGAUUUGCAUAUGGGCUCCACCCACUUAUUUGCAUUCAGACCACACCCACUGGUUUGCAUUCAGGCUCCACCCACUUAGUUGUAUUUCGACUCCGCCUGUUGGGUUUGCAUAUGGGCUCCACCCACUUAUUUGCAUUCAGACCACACCCACUGGUUUACAUUCAGGCUCCGCCCACUUAGUUGCAUUCCACUCUGCCUGCUGGUUUGCAAAUGGACUCCACCCACUUAUUUGCAUUUGGACUCCACCUGUUGGUUUUGCAUAUGGGCUCCACCCACUUAUUUACAUUUUGGGCGCCAGUUGCUGCUUCUCUUUUGAAAAAAAAUGAAUCUUUCAUUCUCAGGCUCAUGAAAAAAAUGCAUCUUGACAAUUAAAUGGAGGAACGCAAGACUGACGUCGCCCUAAUUAUCAUGCAUGUGUCAUGCAGGAGCCAGACUGAGCGUGAAGUCCUGGACGUCCAGUUGUUUCGCACUGUUUGUGGAUUUGGCUGUUGUGCAUUUCCCGCUCCUCAUGUGACGUCAGGCCCCAUUGCAUUCUGGGUCUUGAUCACAUGAUGCCUGUUCCCCGGUCCCUGGUUGGCAUGGCUUGCUGAUUACGUCAAAAACUUACCGUCGUUUACAAAGAGACGGACGAAUGCUGAAUGUUUAUAUGACAAAGAAUGCUUAAGAAUACCGACGAUCAAGUUAUGCUGUUUUUCUAUUAUUAUUAUUAUUAUUAUAAAUUUUGAUUAUAUUAUUAAAUGGAAUGUUUGUUUUUGCCUGUUUUAAAGCAUUUUCGUCCUCAGACGGACACAAUGAAUGUUGAUCUAGUGUUGGUGAAUUGUAAAUGUGGGUCAGUUCGAAGGACUUUUGGAGAGUUGCUCUAUUUUUGUACGUGUGGUUUUUGCGGUGAAUUUGAAGUAAGUGAGUAACACUGUGGUUCGUUCACAAGAUGCUUGUUUAUUGCUUUCUUUCUCUCUUUCCGUCUCUGAAUUAUCACUGUGUGAUAUUGUCUACAUCAAGAAAAAAUAACACUAAUGUGAAAACGAAA